GAGAGCGAGCAGUGGUGCUGAUGUGGAGAGAAGCCCAGGGUACCACUAAUUGAGGGAGUGAGGAAGGGAGCAGCUCGCUUCGAACGGGACUGCAGAUUUGUGACGGCAUCCUGAGUUGGUGACAGACCUACUUUGUGACUUUGAGCCAGAUUCAGCCCUCACCGUCCAGAAAACAUGACCCUCGCUGCCUACAAAGAGAAGAUGAAGGAGCUUCCACUGGUGUCCUUGUUCUGCUCCUGUUUUCUGGCCGAUCCCCUGAAUAAAUCAUCCUAUAAAUAUGAAGGCUGGUGUGGGAGACAGUGUAGGAGGAAAGAUCAAAGCCAGCGGAAAGACAGUGCUGACUGGAGAGAAAGAAGAGAGCAGGCAGAUACAGUGGACCUGAACUGGUGUGUAAUUUCUGACAUGGAAGUCAUUGAACUGAACAAAUGUACCUCGGGCCAGUCCUUUGAAGUCAUCCUGAAGCCACCGUCCUUUGAUGGGGUUCCCGAGUUCAAUGCCUCCUUACCCAGGCGGCGAGACCCAUCACUGGAAGAGAUCCAGAAGAAACUAGAAGCAGCUGAGGAACGAAGGAAGUACCAGGAAGCUGAGCUCCUGAAGCACCUGGCAGAGAAACGAGAACACGAGCGAGAGGUGAUCCAAAAAGCCAUUGAGGAAAACAACAACUUCAUCAAGAUGGCUAAGGAAAAACUGGCUCAGAAGAUGGAAUCGAAUAAGGAGAACCGGGAGGCCCACCUUGCUGCCAUGUUGGAACGGCUGCAAGAGAAGGACAAGCACGCAGAGGAGGUGCGGAAAAACAAGGAGCUGAAGGAAGAGGCCUCCAGGUAAAGCCCAGAGGCCAAAGAAGUUUCCAGAACAGCCGGACAGCUCCAGCAGCUCCGCAGUUCCCAAGGCAGCCUCAUCCGCCGUCGGCUGCUCUCCCAGCACUGGGGUUUGGGGGGAGGGGGGUGGCCAGGGGUGUUUCCUCUGCUUUUGGUGUUUGUACAUGUAAAGAAUUGACCAGUGAAGCCAUCCUAUUUGUUUCCGGGGAACAAUGAUGGGGUGGGAGAGGGGAGAGAAGGAGAGAAUUUGGGAAAGGAGGUAGAGAAGGACUCAUGGACAUUGCAACCCUGCCCACCGCAGACUCAGGUCAAGUCCUUGGCUUUUCUUCACAGUGAACAUCCAGGCACCGUGUCGAGGGAAGCUACAAACGGGGCAGUAGAAGUACCAAGUGAAGGGUGGGGUCCUGGGUGACGGUGUGGCUGCAGAGCGUGGAAGGAGAAGCCCAGGGAGUGGGUGGGGGGCCCGGAGGUCUUGCUUCUGCCCUGCAACAGGUGGGAUGAGGUCUGAGUGUGUGUGUAUUAACCAUCAUCUUUUGAUCAUCAUGACCAAUGAAAU